GCCUCGGCAACUUCUGUUGCCGACUGUUACCCAUGGACGGUCGUCACCAUCCUCACUUUCACUAGUGAACUCGCUAUGUUCGUUGGCGGUUCUAAAGGUGAUGGGCUCGGUUGUUCUCUCUGUGAGAGUAUUGACAUUAUCGUCGAUCUCGACACUCGUUAUCGCAUCUAGGGCUAUGUUACUCUCCUGCUCGACUUUGAAGUCAAUGACAGGGCUACUCGCACGGACCAUGUCGCUGUACGAGCGUAUGGGUCCUGCUGCGGACGAACUACAGUUUUCGGCCUCCGAUGGCCGCCCCACCGAGGUUAGAGGGGACUCUACAGAGUCGGGCAGCGCGGCCUUGAGACCGGGGCCCUCCGCCGGAGUGUGAGCACUAGAUAACGCUUCGUUAGCAAGGUCUCCGAAGAAAUCACCUACUUUGAAGUUUUUUAACACGAGUGGGAGUUGACAACGAACUAGCUCUAGCGCGUGUGCGCGAGCGAAGGUUGUAACAGGGGAUUUUUGACAUGGUUUGUUGAUUUCGGGUUUGGGGUUUGUCACUGUCGAUGAAUGUGGUGGGCCAGACCAGUUAACUGAGUGACUAGGAGUGUUUGAGAGAAAAGAGGAAAGGCUUGGAGAAGGUUAAAAAAUAUGUGACGGCAAGUAGAAGUUUCUUUUAAGACUUUAGAUGACGGCACAAGGUAGAGUACAAUCUCGCGCAAUGUUAACCAGAUACC